AUGCAUGAUCUGGCAGCAAUUCUAACUGUACUGACAUUUCCAAAUAAUGUUUAUGACAAGCGGAUACAAGCUGAUAAUUCAAAUCCAAAACUCAUUUCACUGAAAACACAUUCCGGAAAUGUGAUGGGAAAUAGAAAUAACACGAUGAAUGUGGCUAACGUAACUGCUGCUAUCAUGGUCACUUUCGCAUUUCCGAACACUUCUCAACGAUCUGCAUCUGCACAUUCGGAAGAACAUUAA